AUGGGUGACAACUUUGAAGGUAUGAGCAUUGAACAACUGAAACUGGAGUUAUUGGAAUAAAUCCGUAAGAAAGACUUAGUAAAACUCUCAAUAAAUGAACUAACACGGAAAAUGCUUUAUGAGACACAACUUGAAGUGAAUUAUCAACUGAGAGAGCAAAUAGUUACUCUGAAAGAGAAAUCGGGAAAACUCAGUGGAGAUCCUUCAGAUAUACAAGGUACUAUUGAAGUCUACAUGGAAUUGUCAAUGAGAUAUUUAGUGAAAUUACUUAGAAAACUACUCCAAGAGAAAAGGCGUCUUGAAAAUCAAGUGAAAUACUAUUCGGUUAAAGCGGAACAAGAAGAAAGGGCUUACAAAAAGGUCGAGGAUGAAUGCCAAAAAUACCUUAAUAGCCUAUUUCAGGUCUCUCACUUAUACAAAAUUCCUAGAAGACAACAUAUGGAUGAAUUCCAUAGAAGGAAAGAGAUUCCAGUAGAAAUGGGAAGGUACAAUACAGCUAAUCAGAAGAUAGGAAAUGCUAAGAGAGAAUCAGCAAAACAGAGUAGAAGAUCAAACUGUCUUCCAAAACUCAAUCCAUGA